GAAGAGUAGGAGGAGGAGGAGGUGUCAGUGGAGGAGGAAGAGGAGGAGGAGGAGGAGGAGGAGGUGGGAAGGCCGAGAUGGAGGAGGGCAAGAGGGUGGUGAAGUCGGGGGGCAGUCGGAGUGGGCACGGCGGCCGCAGCUCCAGUUCCGGGGUGCUGAUGGUAGGCCCCAACUUCCGCGUCGGGAAGAAGAUCGGAUGCGGCAACUUCGGAGAGCUGCGGCUCGGAAAGAACCUCUACACCAACGAAUACGUUGCCAUCAAAUUGGAGCCAAUCAAGUCGCGUGCUCCCCAGCUCCACCUGGAAUAUCGCUUCUACAAACAGCUGGGCAGCUCUGUGGAGGGUAUUCCUCAGGUGUACUACUUUGGUCCGUGUGGGAAGUACAACGCCAUGGUGCUGGAGCUGCUGGGUCCCAGUCUGGAGGAUCUGUUUGACCUGUGCGAACGCAGCUUCUCCCUCAAGACAGUACUGAUGAUGGCCAUACAGCUGAUCACGCGUAUGGAGUACGUCCACACGAGGAGUCUGAUCUACCGCGACGUGAAGCCGGAGAACUUCCUGGUUGGUCGACCGGGCAGCAAGCGGCAGCACACGAUCCACAUCAUCGACUUCGGCCUCGCCAAGGAGUACAUCGACCCCGAGACCAAGAAACACAUCCCCUACCGCGAACACAAGAGCCUGACGGGCACCGCGCGAUACAUGAGCAUCAACACGCACCUGGGCAAAGAGCAAAGCAGGAGAGAUGAUCUGGAGGCGCUGGGUCACAUGUUCAUGUACUUCCUGCGUGGGAGUCUGCCCUGGCAAGGGUUAAAGGCCGACACCCUAAAGGAACGUUACCAGAAGAUCGGGGACACCAAGAGGGCCACGCCCAUAGACGUGCUGUGUGAAAGCUUCCCAGAGGAGAUGGCUACUUACCUGCGUUAUGUGCGGCGGCUGGACUUCUUCGAGAAGCCAGACUACGACUACCUGCGCAAGCUCUUCACAGACCUCUUCGACAGGAACGGAUACGUCUUCGACUACCAGUACGACUGGGUUGGGAAGACACUGCCCACCCCCAUCGGCCCGGUCCCCAGCGACCCGCCCAUCCAGUCCAGCAGCCGCGACAAAGCACAACAGCAGGCCAAGCACCAGAACCAAGUCCGGUCUCCUGAGCUGCCCGGUAGCGAGGUGCAGCCUCCUCCUGCUACGCCGCGCGAGGUCCUGGGCUCCCGUCUGACGGCCGACCGCCUCGGGGGCUCCGCACAGGUGAUGAAUUCGACCAAUGGGGAGCUGAAUACGGACGAUCCCACAGCAGGCCACUCCAACGCCCCCAUCACCGUCACGGCGGAGCGAGAGGUCCCCGACGACACCAAGUGUUGUUGCUUCUUCAAGCGUCAGAAGAGGAAAGCACUCCAGCGACACAAGUGAGGAGGAAGCGGCAUUGUCCUCUUCCUCCUCCUCCUCCUCCUCUCUUUUCCUCUCCUCCCCUCCCUCUCUAUCCCUCCCUCCUUCACCCCUGCGGAGAGGAGAGGAGAGGAGAGGAGAGAUGAGGCUAUUUAUACGGCGUUCAGCGCGACACGAAUGACGCCUCUUCUCUACUGAACAGACUACUACAGAAAGACAGACGACAAUGAUGUAUUUUACACUACGGGUGGUGCGGUGCGGUGUGGGGCGGUGCCACCACGGACAGAUCUCUCCCACCCACCAGGAGCCGUGGAGGAGGAGAGGAGGAGCAAAGGAGCCGGGUGACAAGAGACGCUUUCUCCUGCCUGCACUGUGCUGCGUCACACAGGGACAUGUGUAGGAGGGGGAGGGGGAGGGGGAGGGGGAGGGAGGGACGCCUAGCC